AUGGAGGAUGGUCGCAGGCCGUUUGAGUCGGUCAAGGUUGGCCUAGCCAGUGCUGAGACCGGGCAGGAGAGGUUCACACGAGACGGUGUCUAUGCGCCGCCACCAUUGGCCGCAUGGCGGUGCAACUUGACGGCCCUGUCUCAGCGCUUCAACCUCUAUUUUGCAGCCACAACAGACACCAUUGCCGUCUACAGGCCAGAUUUUCCCUUCCAGAAAUUGUACAGACUGCCCGCGCUGCUGAUUCCUCCUGCUCCGGCGAAUCCGACCGCAAGGGGUUACAUUGACCCACGGGUGCCUCACGCGGUUAACCACCUGAUCGUGGGAGACCUCGGGAAGGAGGAAAUCCUCCUCACCGCCACCGACUCUGGCAAUAUAACCGCCUACUAUACCAAGACCAUUGACGAGGCUAUUCGCAAGGACCCAUACCGCUUCAGCACCGAUGCCCGUAGCGACUACAUUGGAGUCAGACCAUUCUUCACUCACUGGGUGGAUGAAUCGGCCUGGGGACUGGCCAUCCACAGUAAUGCCCGAAUGAUUGCGGUGUCGGCCAAUACACCUCAUAAUACACCCAGCGACGACCCUUGCGCCAAAGUCACCGUCUUCGCUUUCGCCUUGACCGAGGACAGCCAUGGCAGUGGGGCAGCAGAUAAGCCAGAGGGUGAAGGCCAAGCCUACCUCGAAGAGCGCGACUGGGAAGAAUGGGUUGCAAUGGGAGUGGCUGCCACCACUCCGGCACGGAAGCGAAAUUACAAGAUCACUCUGGCCGGUGUUGAGGGUCAUGAUCACCACAUCCCAUGCAUCUCCUUCGUCAAUUCAGACGAUGACCUGGAGGGCAACUGGCUUCUGAGUACUGACAUCGGUGGCAAUCUGAAGAUCUGGCAAAUCUGGCAAGGGAUCUGUCAGAAGUCCUGGGUGUUCGCUGAGACCACAGCGGGCCCCGACUUCCUUAUACCACGUCAACGACACCGGUCGCGUGAGAGAAACUGGUUUGUGGCGGCCCUGGACCCGCGGUCCUUUCGGUCAGCAAAGACCAUGGAACAGUUCUGCGGACAUAGCAACACGGCCCGGUACCAUGGUCACAACAACCUUGAGAGCUACGAUCUCACAGCCGUGGUUCGGAUCCGGGCGCGGGGCAACAGCCAUGCGCAUCCGCUGAUGCAGGAAAGUACAGAAGAUGAGACCGACGUGGACGACAACAUCGAGACGCCUGACUCUUGGUCAGACCUCGACGAGGCGGCUGUGGCCGUAAAUCAAGGCCAAUAUAACCUGGAUCUGGCCACAGACCACGGCCAGGCUACUGGAGCGGGCCCGUCCGCUUAUGGAUCUGGCGCUGGUGAUAUCUUGGAGCAAGUUUCAGAACCCGAGACGACAGACUCCGGUUCGAUAUCACCGGAACCAUCCACGGGUCUUGACCACGCGGUGAGCGCCGAUGCUCUGUUGGUCGAAGGCAUCAUCCUGGAAGAGCACGACGACUUUGUUCCUGAUGAAGACGACGAGAGCGAGUACCAUUCCGACUCAGAGCAGCAGGUAGAGGACGACGAUUCGUCCUCGGUGGGCCAUCGAAGCACCACUUCUCUGUCGAGCCUGACAAAUCCGCGCAGUCCGGAGAUUGACGUGGAUGUCCUAGCUGCAUCUGACAUGGACUCUCCACUAAGAGCGCGGCAAGACGGUCAGAAGGAAGGCCAGCUUCCUGCGUUUACUAUAAAUGACUCGAGUGUCAUCAAGGCUCGCGGCACGGCCAGCGCACCCAAUAUACCCACUAUUCACUGCAGUGCGUCAAACCUGCGACUGCUGAUGACUCCCCAAGCAGACUCUCCACAUGUCUUCUGUGCCAAUAUUCUCAAACAAAUUUUACCGCAUCGGCUUAACGGCUUUCAUCCCUCGCAUAUAGACAGACUUAAUAUGAUGCUGCAGAUCCCGGAGUUAGGUAUCGUUGUCGUUGCCACCCAGAUAGGUCGAUGCGCAAUCUGCUCGUUGACACGAUUAACAACUACAGGAACGCUAGGCCUGCGGGUAGACUGGAUACUACCUACUCGGAAACAAGAACUUAGGGGACUUCGGCCUUUCAGCCCACUGCUUGGUAUAGCGGCAUCUCCAGUACAGGGGCACUUCAAGAGUGAGAAAUCCUCAGCCAGGCGAAUGUCGGAGGAGACGGACGGUUGGGGGAAAGACCGCGUCGUCGAUGGCGUCCCUACCACCUUUGACCCCACUGUACUGGUAGUGGAGGAACAGAGAGGUAGAGGAGAGCAUUCGACUCCCGAUAAGGGUCAGAAUGGCAAUGGGCACAACAUGAAGAGGAAGCACGGUUCCUGUGCCGUUUCCAGAAUGGACCCUCAUACGACCAAGACCGAGUUCCGAAAGUGGCAAAUCCCCACAGGAGCGGAGACAUGGCAAGCCAUGGACAGCAGUCGCCGAUAUAGGUUGAUGCUCACAUAUUCAGACAUGACCGUCCUGACUUACGAGCUGUCGCGAGGCAUCGACGGUGACGAGGUUGCUCACGACGAACCCGUAUCCACGCUGGAGCUUCUGGACUGA